CCGAGCCAAGCAAAACCGUCAUGACCCAACUUUGUUGUGCCCGAGCGAAGCAAAAUACCUUCACGGUUCCCAGGUAGCUUUCGUCCUCUCCCUUUUUCGUGCGUGAACUGUUCUUCUCCCUCUCUUUCCUCCGGUGUUCCUGUCCCUGUCUAGGUCUCUGUCCCUUUCUCCCGCUCCCCAAGUGAAGGCACUGUAUUAUCUCAUCUCCUCGAAUCUCGUCUUCGUCAAGUUUUAACAUUCCCAUUUUUAGAAUGGCCUUGCCGACUGCAAGCCCUCCAGCUACUCCCAGUGCUCAGUUAGUUGGAAAUGCUUUUGUUGAUCAGUACUACCAUAUUCUUCACCACUCACCAGAAUUGGUUUAUAGAUUUUAUCAGGAUUCAAGUGUGUUAAGCAGACCAGACUCUAAUGGUGUGGUGACAUCAGUUACAACUAUGCAAGGUAUCAACGAAAAAAUUCUCUCCCUGGAUUAUAAGAACUAUAAGGCAGAGAUUAAAACAGCAGAUGCUCAGAAGUCAUAUGGGGAAGGUGUGACUGUGUUAGUAACUGGGUGCUUGACAGGGAACGAUAACUUAAGGAGGAAAUUUGCGCAAUCCUUUUUUCUUGCACCCCAAGACAAUGGAUACUUUGUUCUGAAUGAUGUGUUUAGGUAUGUGGAAGAUGAUGAUCCAUUGGAGAAGCUUCCAGUUAACAAUGUUGACAAUGCCAUCCAAGCACCCAUUCCAGAACCAGAUGCCUCUCCUGUUCCUGCUUCUGCACCUGAUCCAGUAACUCUUGCGGAUGAGGAUCAAAAGUUCACAGAGAAAGCUACUGAUGCAUCUGGGUGUGAGAUUCAAAUUGAAAAGGAACCUGUUGUGGAACCUCAGCCUCUUUCGAAUGGGAUUGAUAUGUCUGUAGCUGUUGAAUCUACUUCUGCUGCAGUCCAAGAGGAUGCACCAAAAAAAUCUUAUGCAUCAAUUGUGAAAGUGGCGAAAGGCAGUUCAGGACAUACUAAAGUUUAUGUACCUACUAAUACUUCCGAAGUGCUUCCCAAGAAAACUGAUGACCACCCUGUUAUGCCAGCAGCAUCUGCUCCAGAACCUGAAGAGUCUGCCGUAAGUAUCAUUGAUGCCCCUGAGAGUAUUAAUACUCAUGAAGAAGUUGAGGGCUACUCCAUUUACAUCCGAAAUUUGCCCUUCAACACAUCAGCUUCACAGCUUGAAAUGGAGUUCAAGAAGUUUGGGCCAAUAAAAAAAGAUGGUAUACAAGUCCGAAAUAACAAGCAACAAGGAUACUGUUUUGGUUUUGUUGAAUUUCUGUCCUUGAGUUCCAUGGAUGAUGCAAUCAAGGCUUCACCUAUAACAAUUUUGGGGCGACAAGCUGUUAUUGAAGCUAAGAGAACUACAACACGUGUUGAUGUUGAAAGAGGGAGUAGGUACUCUCCUGGAAGAGGAGGUUUCCAAAAUGAAUAUUUUAGGAGCCGUGGGAAUUAUGGUGGAGGGGUUCGUAACUUUGGUAGAAAUGAAUAUAGGAGCCGGGGUGAAUUUUCAGGUAGAGGUCGAGGUCCAAUAAGGCGCGGUGACGGUUAUCAGCAAGGUAGAGGGAGAGGUGGUCGUUCAGGUGGACCGAGGCAGAACACUGCAUGAGAGUGUUCCUAAUGAUAUUCCUAUGACAAUAUUUUUGACACGGUUAGUAGAUUUUAGAAAAACCGAAAGCCAGUAACUAGAGCAGAUGCUAAUUUUAGAAGCAAGUAUUAGAUUUUGGGGACUGGAAUAGAGCAACUUUUAGAGGAAAAGGCAUUUUGUUUAGUGUAGUUUUCCUUUUUCUUUUGGGUAGAAAAUGUGUGUAGUUCCUCUACUUAAGCAUGGUCUUCUACCUUUGUAACUUUGCAAAUCUUAAAGUUAACAUGGGAAGCCUUAAGAUUUUACUGCGAUGGUGAUUGAGAGUUUUAGCUGUAGUAGCUCAAGUGGCAUAUUUCUGGAUUCGAUUGUUCCAAGGAAGAUAUGAUUGAAUUGCCAUAAUGGUUCAUAAGCGAUUUCUAACGGCUGCCAAUGCAUUCUCAACAUGGUAUAAAUAUCUGCAGAAAGGUUGCACAUUUAUUCACACUAUCAUCAGAUCAUCCUUACAAUAUUAUUAUUGUAACUAACAGUUUCAUUUGUUAGAUUUCAUGUGGUUGACACUAGAACUACUUAGCUUGAACAGGAAAUGUUAGUUUAAGGUUCAGGAUACGAUGGAUUAACUGGUGUAGGUUGUAAAUAUUUGUGGAUUAACUAUUCCUACCAGUAUCAAAGAUGGAACAAGAGAUGGGCACAGGUUAUGCCA